AUGGAGACCCCUGAGCCUGGAGAAUAGGAGUUGUCAGGGUAUGAGGCAGCUGUGCCCAUCACAGAGAAGUCCAACCCACUGACCCGGAACUUGGACAAGGCAGAUGCAGAGAAAAUUGUUCACUUGCUGGGACAGUGUGAUGCUGAGAUAUUCCAGGAGGAGGGGAAAGUCAUGCCCACCUACCAGAGACUGUACAGCAGGUCAGUUCUGACCACCAUGUUGCAAGUGGCUGGCAAAGUCCAGGAAGUUCUGAAGAAACCCUGAAGGGGCCUGGUAGUGCUGAGUGGAGGGGGGACCUCUGGCCGGAUGGCAUUCCUCAAGUCUGUCUCUUUUAACCAGCUGAUGAAAGGUCUAGGACAAAAACCUCUUUUCAUGCACCUCAUUGCAGGAGGUGACAGGUCUGCUGUGGCCUCUCAGGAAGGGACAGAAGAUAGCGCCCUACAUGGGAUUGAGGAGCUGAAGAAGGUGGCUGCUGGGAAGAAGAGAGUGAUUGUCAUAGGCAUUUUUGUGGGAUUCUCUGCACCCUGAGUGGCAGGCCAGACGGACUCCUGCAUGGAUAACAUGGCUAUCUUCUUGCCAGUCCUGGUUGGCUUCAAUCCCAUGAGCAUGGUCAGAAACGACCCUAUUGGAGACUGGAGAUCGGCAUUCCAGCAAGUAGCCAAGCGGACGCAAAAGAUUCAAGAGAAACAGAAAACGUUUGUGCUCAAUGCAGCUGCUGGGCCUGAGGGGCUCAGUGGCUCCUCCCAGAUGAAAGGUGGAAGUGCCACCAAGAUUCUGCUGGAAACCCUGCUACUGGCGGCCCAUAAGACUGUGGACCGGAGGGGGGGCGGUCUAUCUAGUACAUUUUCUCCUAGAUGCCUUCUGGAAAUCCUUCAGACAUUCGAGAGGACUCAUCAGGUGACCUACAGUCAGAGUUCCAAAAUUGCCACUCUAAUGAAAUGUGUCAGCACCAGCCUGGAGAAGAAAGGCCAGGUGCACUUGGUCGGCGGGCAGACCCUCGGCAUCAUUGCCAUCAUGGAUGGAGUAGAAUGCAUCCACGCCUUUGGUGCAGAUUUCUGAGAUGUCUGUGGCUUUCUCAUUGGUGACCACAAUGGCAUGUUUAAUGAGAAAGCAGAGCUCGUGGACCAGGGUCCCCAGUUCACCUUCUCCCAGGAUGACUUCCUGACUUCCAUCCUGCCAUCCCUCUCAGAAAUUGACACUGUGGUCUUCAUUUUCACCCUGGAUGUUGACCUCACAGAAGUACAGGUGCUGGUGGAGCAGGUGAGAGAGAAGAGCUCCAACAUCCAGGCCCUGGUGCACAGCUCUGUGGGACAGUCCUUGCCAGCCCCUCUAAGGAAACUCUUUCCUGCCAUCAUCAGCAUCACCUGGCCGCUUCUUUUCUUUGACUAUGAAAGGAGCUACAUCCAGAAGUUCCAGCGUGAGCUAAGCACCAAGUAGGUGUUGAACACAGUGAGCACUGGGGCCCACCUGCUGCUGGGGAAGGUCCUACAGAACCACAUGCUGGACCUCCACAUCGCCAACUCCAAGCUCUUUUGGAGGGCACUGGCCAUGUUGCAGCGGUUCUCUGGACAGUCCGAGGCUCGCUGCAUCGAGAGCCUCCUCCAGCAAGCACUGUCGGAUGAUGUCCGGGCUGCGCCCGUCUCCUGCCAUGUCCAGGUUGCCCACAAGAAGGAAAAGGUGAUCCCCACAGCCUUGCUGAGCCUCCUGCUCUGGUGCUCCACCACAGAGGCUAAGGGUCGCCUGGCUGCAGCUUCUUCAGUCUGUGAGGUUGUCAGGAGCGCCCUCUCUGGGCAGGAUCAGAAGCGCAGCACCGAUCCCAUGAAGACCCUACAGCCUGUGUUGCAGUGA